AUGGCCUCCUCGAAAUUCAUCGAAGUCCUCGACACAACCACCCAGCCCACCUACUCGGGCUACAACGUUAGCCUCGAAGACAUCCUCGCCGAGACCCAACGGCGCUGUUCCACCAGCGACAUGCCCGCCGCCUCCAAGCCGCGAAAGGACAGCAACUCGGGCGCUUCCACCUCGUCAGCAGACUCGUCCACACCGUCGAGUCCCACCAGUCCAACCAUGCGCAACCGCCUGCGCCGCUUCACGCUUGCGGGCGUGGCGAAGAACCGCUAG